AUGUCAAACCCAGGUAAAUAUGUUCUGGCUCCGGUAUACGAGAGCGAUAAUUCGUAUGGGUCAGCAGACGACGAAGUGUACAGUCCGGGAAAGUACGUCCGUGCCACUAAUCCAAAUGAAAGCAGUGUCGGUUGCAUAUAUGAUUCACAAGAUGACCCCUACGCCGCUGUGGUUGAUCCGGAAAUGGAAAAUCGGGAACUGCGAGAGAAAGUGUUGGAACUGGAGAAGUCUAUUGCUGAGCUUGGACAAAAUAUUUCGAGAACUUCGAAAUUGCUGCUUCCUUGUCGAAUGUAUGCGAUCCGAUCAAACGAUCCCAGCUGCUUCAUAUAUCCAUUGGUGAUGAACUUCAAGGAAUUUUGCUAUGAAGUAUUUAUUAAGAACAUCGACGUAUAUUUGAGGUCAUUAACCGACACCUCAGCUGAACACGAUAUGUUUUCGUCCAUGCAGCAGAAGGAAGGAGAAUCAGCAGUCAAUUUCUAUGCCCGGUUAAUAGAAAAAGUGUGGCUGUGUGGUUACAGCGCAGCGGACCAAGAUCGUUUUGUCCGAACUCAAUUCCUUAAAGGGCUGAGGAAUCGGGAAUUGGCUAAAGCAGCCAGGACAUAUAACUACGAUACAACUUUUGUUGUUCAGUCAGCAACUCGGGAUGAAGCGCUCCAUCACUCGGAGAAUCAGCAUCAAUCAUGGCGGUGGAAUCAAAUUGGAGGAGGAACGAGGAUGGCUUUGCAGCGUCACCAGCGAUGCUCAAGAUGUAAUCGGGCAGCCCACGGUAACCAACAGUGUCCGGCGAUAGACAAGAAUUGCAACAGCUGUGGACGUCGUGGCCAUUUCUCUGCAACUUGCCGACAGAAACGAGUCAAUACUGUGCAGGACAGAAGACUUGAAUCUGGCUCUCCCGGUGAAUUUAAUUCAUCACAGCAAAUUACCACACUCUCCCUCGAAGACGUAUUGGUCGACUGUACCGUUGGAUCUUCUAAGGCUAUAAAAUUCCUCAUUGAUUCAGGGGCAGACACUAAUGUUAUUGGUGGGAAUGAUUGGCACAGUCUUAAAGAACAACUGCAAGCUAGAACUGUAAUACUUGAUCCUCUCAAGUUGGCAGGAAACAGAGGUUUGCGUGGGUUUGCCGCCGAACGACCAAUGGUAGUUGAAUGUGCUUUCCGAGCCAAAAUUCAGGCAAUUGGUUGCCAAACGCCGGCUAUUAUUGCAGACUUCCUGGUGGUAGAACAAGGUCGUUGUUCGUUGCUUGGUAGAAGUCCUGCUAGUGACAUGGGGUUGUUGAAGGUAGGAGCUGACGUAUUUAGAUGUGGGCGUGUUGAACAGGAUCAAGUGUUUCCAAAGAUGCCAGGUGUGAAGAUAAAGUUCUGCGUUGACAGCUCCGUACCACCUGAGAAAAACGCAUAUUAUAAUGUCCCGGCAGCAUACCGCGAGGCUGCCAAGCUCCGAUUGAAGCAGAUGGAGGAACGUGGAAUUAUCGAGAGGGUUAAUAGUGCACCGGAAUGGAUCAGCGGCAUGUCGGCCGUACCAAAGGGAAAAGACGAUUUUCGCCUGGUCGUCAACAUGCGUGCGCCUAACAAGGCAAUCAAACGUCAGUAUUUCCGACUACCCCUAUUAGAAGAAAUGAAGGUGAGGUUACAUGGAGCAAAAUACUUCUCUAAACUUGAUCUAUCGAACGCCUACUAUCAUCUCGAGUUAAAUCAAGAGUCACGAGAUUUGACAACGUUUUUGGCAGAAGAUGGGAUGUAUCGGUUUACCAGACUUAUGUUUGGGGUAAACUGUGCUCCCGAAAUAUUUCAACGAGAGAUGUGUAGGAUUCUAGAAGAGGUGAAAAACAAAAUCGUGUACAUCGACGACAUACUUCUGUUUGCUGAAACAUUACAAGAACUCCGAAAGACAGUAGCUCAUGUAUUACGCAUUUUAAGAACGAAUAACCUCACACUCAAUACGUCCAAAUGUGAGUUCGAUAAAACGCGCAUUAAGUUCCUUGGGCAUGAGUUGGAUGAAACUGGUUUCAACAUCGAAGAAUCUAAAAUCAAAGACAUAAGGAAAUUUCGUCACCCGAGUACCACAUCCGAACUCCGGAGCUUCCUUGGAUUGGCUUCGUUUCAAAAUGGGCUGGCAGAAAGCUUCAUGAAAGUGGUGAACAGAGCGAUGUCUACAGCAGUUUUAAAUGAAACCAGCUACGCGGAGGAGCUUCAAAAUGCAAUUCAUGCCUACAAUGCCGGAGAUCAUUCAGUCAUAAAAAUUUCACCAGAAGAAGUGAUGAUGGGUCGAAGAAUCAAACGUGGUUUGCCAUUACUUGAACAUGGGAAAUCGGAUUUCGAUGAUCGGUUGCUGGAUGCAGAAGAUCGGGAAGUAAAAUUGAAGAGUAAAAGGCAUGACGAUCUUCGGAGGGGUGCUAAGAGUAGCACAGUCAAACCUAGAGACACUGUUAUUAUAGAGCGUCACACAAAAGGGAAAGGUGAUUCUAGAUUUCAUCCCAAACGAUUUACAGUCGUCAGAGAGAAAAAUGGUAGCUUGCUGCUUGCCGACGAAGAAGGUCAUACUGUAAAACGACAUCUAUCACAGACAAAAAAGGUUCAGAUUUGGAGAGAUAAUUCGCGAACAAACAUCAAGAAACCAGGAAAUGCUGAAACAUCUGAGCGACCAGCAAGGGACACAAAAGCUCCGUCAUAUCUCUCUGACUAUAUACACUCGAUGGAAAAUCAGUCCCUUUAA